ACUCAAGCCCACAACAUAAAAAUCCUAAAAAUCACAGCAGCCAAGCCUCAGUCGCAUGCUUUCUUCACUCUCUCUCUUUCCCCAAACGAGCAGCAAAACAGCACUAAGCGGCGGCGUCUCCAUAGAGAGAGAGAUGGGAGGGAGAGGAAGGAGGUCACGCACACAGAGAAAGCACUUCAAAGACGGCAGAGAGAACGUCUGGAAACGCCCCAGGUCAGAUGCGCAACAGCAAGAAGACUUCAAUGCUAAAAAACACUGGGAGCCUUUUGCUACUCAAAACCCUGCUUUUGAUGAUUACUACAAGGAGCAAGGAAUUGUGUCUCUAGAAGAGUGGGAUACUUUCAAUAAGUUUCUACGCAGACCGCUUCCUGCUGCUUUUCGAAUCAAUUCCAGUAGCCAAUUUUGUGAUGACAUCCGGUCACAAUUAGAGAAUGACUUCAUGAAAUCUCUCCAGGCUGAGGAUACUGAUGGGAACGAAGUUGCUGCAAUUAAACCACUGUCUUGGUACCCAGAGAAUCUUGCUUGGCAGUCAAAUUUUUCUCGGAUGCAGUUGAGGAAAAACCAAAUUCUUGAGAGGUUCCAUGAGUUCUUGAAGUUAGAAAAUGAAAUUGGAAAUAUUACAAGACAAGAGGCUGUGAGCAUGGUACCACCACUGUUCUUGGAUGUACGGCCAGAUCAUUUUGUUCUUGACAUGUGUGCAGCUCCAGGUUCAAAGACAUUUCAAUUGCUAGAGAUGAUAUAUCGAUCAGUUGAACCUGGAACAUUGCCUAGUGGAAUGGUGAUAGCUAAUGAUGUUGACGUCCAAAGAUGUAAUCUUCUCAUCCAUCAAACUAAGAGAAUGUGUACAGCUAACUUGAUUGUCACAAAUCAUGAAGCUCAACAUUUCCCUAGCUGUCGUUUGAAAAAAAAUAACACUGCCAAGUCAGAGACAGGAGGUGUAAAGGAGCUUGCUAUUGAUCAACUUUUAUUUGAUCGUGUCCUUUGUGAUGUUCCCUGCAGCGGUGACGGUACGCUCCGGAAAGCUCCUGAUAUCUGGCGGAAAUGGAAUGUGGGAAUGGGAAAUUCUCUACACUGUCUGCAAGUUCAAAUAGCAAUGCGAGGGUUAUCUUUGCUUAAAGUUGGUGGGAAAAUGGUUUACUCAACUUGCUCAAUGAAUCCAGUUGAAAAUGAGGCUGUAGUUGCUGAGAUAUUACGAAAAUGUGGAGGUAGUGUUGAACUUCUUGAUGUGUCAGCUGAGCUUCCCAAUCUCAUUCGCAGGCCAGGUCUUAAGAAAUGGAAGGUUCGUGAUAAAGGAAGUUGGUUAGCAUCAUACGAAGACGUUCGCAAAUUUCGUAGACAGGGAAUUGUUCCCAGCAUGUUUCCUUCUGGGAAACACUAUAAUGAGGAAUCUGCUAAUGACCAAGAGGCAGAUCUGGAAGUAAUACCUGAGAAUGGUGGAGAGUCUAUAAAUGGGUCCUACUUGAUGGAGGAUAAGACUUCCUCUGACAAUAAUUGUGAGGAAGAAAUUUCUGAUCUUCCUUUGGAAUAUUGUAUGCGGAUAGUGCCUCAUGACCAGGAUAGUGGUGCUUUCUUUAUAGCUGUCUUUCAGAAACUUUCUCCUUUGCCUGCUAUUCAGAAUCAUGCAGCCAUUCAGAAAAAGACCAUCACACCACCUGAACUACUAACUUCGAAUGACAGAUCCGAGAAAUCUGAGGAUUUGGGCACAGAGGAAGACCUAAUGGAGAUUGCUUUAACAGAUGUAAAAGAACAAUCUACAGAACCAUUUCAGGAUUCCGAUAUAGCGGAUGAACAAACAGCUGCUUCGACGGAUACUGAAGCAAAUAAUAUAUCUGAAGAAACUGAACCCGAGGAUAUCCCAGCUCCUGUCAGUCAGGAAACUGUUCCAGAGGUUGCAAGAGGGAAGAGAAAGCUGCAGCUUCAAGGAAAGUGGAGAGGCGUUGAUCCAGUUGUUUUUUUAAAUAGCGAUGCCAUUAUAAAUGGAAUAAAAACAUUUUAUGGCAUCAAAGAAUCGUUUCCAUUUAGUGGUUACCUUGUUACAAGAAAUAGUGAUACUAAUCAUGUGAAGAGAAUUUACUAUGUAUCAGACUCUGUGAAGGAUGUGCUGAAGCUUAACUUCCUUGGAGGGGAGCAACUGAAGAUAACUUCCAUUGGCCUAAAGAUGUUUGAAAGACAGACAUCAAAGGAAGGGAAUAAUGCUGCCAUGUUCCGUAUAUCAUCUGAAGGGCUGCCUCUACUUCUUCCACAUAUAACAAAACAAGUUAUAUCUGCAAAAGAAAUCGACUUUAACCAUCUUCUGCAGUAUAAAACCAUUAAGUUUGCAGAUUUUGUUGAUGCUGAAUUCGGCGAAAAGGCAUCAAAACUUCUGUUGGGUUGCUGUGUGGUGGUUUUGAAUAAAGGCUGCGAAAUUGUUCAUGAUCCCCCGCAUGUUAAUGCUUCUACAAUUGCUAUUGGUUGCUGGAGAGGUAGGACUAAUGUUGCUGUAAUGGUAACCGCUAUAGACUGCCAAGAACUUCUUGAAAGACUAGUACCGAAAACAGAUAAAGUAAACGGCUCUACACCAGAUGGUUGCAAGCCUCCCAUUGCUGAUGAUGCUGUAACAAAAGUGAACGGCGUUGACAGUGAGGACAUUGUUACACAUACACCAGAUAUUAGCGGUUGAGUUUUAUUUUUCGCCAACACUAUGUUAAAAGAUUUUGCACCAUACUUCAAUGGACUUGAUGGAAUUUAUAAGAUUUCUUUUGCAUGCAAUAUUUUAGAACAUUUGUACUGCAUGAUUUAUUUGGUUAAAUGUGCAAAUUAUUUAUAAAA